AUGCUGGUCGGUAUCAUAGGUAACACACUAGUUGUAUAUGCUUACGGAAUGAAAUUCAAGAAGUCAUCAGCUAACUUUUUCAUUUGUUCUCUAGGAGUAAUAGAUCUAACAUGUUACGACAACCUUAAAACCACAAUAUAUCCUACCUUGUUUUUCUGCAAUCUUCUUCUUGUUUUUAUUGUAUGUUUCAGUUUAAUAGUUAUACUUUAUGGACGAAUAUUUUAUUCAAUUCUAAGGUGGAAAAAAGAGCGGGAUAUUUUGAAGAUGAAAUAUGCAGGACCAGAAAUUGGGUUUAAUCGUAGUCCGUCUAAUUCAAACUCAGACCAUCAAUAUGAAGAUGAUUUCAAGAAAUCGGAAGAACACUCGGAUGGUGAAAACAACUCUUAUAUGUGUAACAGUAACCGUUACACGCAGACCAUCAAUAUAAAGAUGAUAUCAAGAAAUCAGAAGAACACUCGGAUGGUGAAAACAACUCUUAUAUGUGUAACAGUAACCGUUACGUUUAUCUUGAGCUACGUACCUUACUUAACGUUACAACUCUUACUUAAAACAAACCAACUGAAAGAGGAAUUCGGGAUUCUUCUGUUACAUCAAAUGAUAGAGUUUGAAUAA